AUGGAUCCAUCAUGGAGAGUUACCCCAACUUUGAAAUCUGAUUCAUCAUUGACUCCACCUAAAGAAAUAUCCCAGGAAAUUACAUCAACCUCCCAACCAUCCUUCUCUGAAGCACAAAACAUGGAUCUCAAUAUCUUCAACCUCAGUCUUAAUAGAAACUGCCUUACCCCUCUACCAGAGGAACUGCUGCAACAGCAAUACAGAGAUGAGAUGAUUCAACAAGAAAGGCAGUGGGAAAGGUCAGCAUUCCCUCAGAGGAAAAAGACAUUCAUGGAGAACAUGAGACAGAAAACCCUCAAUCACACGGCACCUUAUCGACUUGGAAGGGAAGGAAAAAUCUGUUCCUCACAUGAUAAAGGUCAGAAUAAAUUUAAAUGCCAUUGCAGCCAUAUCCAAAGGGAUACUAUUUCUGAGAUUUCUGAAGAGCAGAAUUCAUCCUCUUGGAAAAUGCUACUACAGGGCCUUAGUAACUUGAACCUCAGCCCUGAUGACACAUAG